CUGGGGCGGGGAAGGAGCUGAAGAGGGAGGGUGGUGGGACGAAAGGUUGGAAGACCUCUGCAAGACCGCGGGACCUGGGCAGCACCGACGCGCCUGGGGGACAGCCGAUACACGGGCGCGCUACCCGGGAGCGCGACAGUUUCCUUGCGCUGGCGGAGACCGCGUGCGGGAUUCAUCCCAUGGCCCGGAGUCGGAACUACGAUCCCUGGGGGGCUCCCGGGAUUUGCUCCCUUCUUGGUGCUUUGUUUGCUGGACUGCUCUUCCCACGCGCUGUCGCCUUCAAUCUGGACGUGAUGAGCGCCCUGCGCAAGGAGGGUGAGCCAGGCAGCCUCUUCGGUUUCUCUGUGGCACUGCACCGGCAGUUACAGCCCCAGCCACAGAGCUGGCUGCUGGUGGGUGCUCCCCAGGCCCUGGCUCUUCCUGGACAGCAGGCGAAUCGCACUGGAGGCCUCUUUGCUUGUCCUCUGAGCUUGGAAGUGACUGACUGCUACAGAGUGGACAUUGACCAGGGAGCUGAUGUGCAAAAGGAGAGCAAGGAGAACCAGUGGCUGGGAGUCAGUGUGCGGAGCCAGGGACCUGGGGGCAAGAUUGUUACGUGUGCACAUCGAUAUGAAUCAAGGCAGCGAGUGGACCAGAUCCUGGAGACACGGGAUGUGAUUGGUCGCUGCUUUGUGUUAAGCCAGGACCUGGCCAUCCGAGAUCAGCUGGAUGGUGGGGAAUGGAAGUUCUGUGAGGGGCGCCCCCAGAGCCAUGAACAGUUUGGCUUUUGCCAGCAGGGCACGGCUGCUGCCUUCACCCCUGACAGCCAUUACCUCCUCUUUGGGGCUCCAGGAACCUAUAACUGGAAGGGCACAGCCAGGGUGGAGCUCUGUGUGCAGGGCUCGCCGGACCUGGCCCACCUGGACGACGGGCCCUACGAGGCGGGGGGCGAGAAGGACCAAGACCCCCGCCUCAUCCCGGUCCCUGCCAACAGCUACUUUGGGUUGCUUUUUAUGACCAACAUUGAUAGCUCAGACCCUGACCAGCUGGUGUAUAAAACUUUGGACCCUGCUGACCGGCUCCCGGGACCAGCCGGAGACUUGUCCCUGAAUAGCUACUUAGGUUUCUCCAUUGACUCUGGGAAGGGUCUGGUGCGUGCAGAUGAGCUGAGCUUUGUGGCAGGGGCCCCCCGUGCCAACCACAAGGGUGCUGUGGUCAUUCUGCGCAAGGACAGUGCCAGUCGCCUGGUGCCUGAAGUUGUGCUUUCAGGAGAGCUUCUGACCUCUGGCUUUGGCUACUCACUGGCUGUGGCUGAUCUCAACAAUGAUGGCUGGUCAGACCUGAUAGUUGGUGCACCCUACUACUUUGAGCGCCAAGAAGAGCUGGGUGGUGCCGUGUAUUUGUACAUAAACCAGGGCGGUCAUUGGGAAAGAGUCUCACCACUCCGGCUCUGUGGCUCUCCUGACUCCAUGUUUGGGAUCAGCCUGGCUGUCCUGGGGGACCUCAACCAAGAUGGCUUCCCAGACAUUGCUGUGGGAGCUCCUUUUGAUGGAGAUGGGAAAGUCUUUAUCUACCAUGGGAGCAGCCUGGGAGUCGUCAUCAAACCUUCACAGGUGCUGGAGGGUGAGGCUGUGGGCAUCAAGAGCUUUGGCUAUUCUCUGUCCGGUGGCCUGGAUGUGGAUGAAAACCAUUACCCAGACCUGCUGGUGGGUUCCCUCACCGAUACUGUGGUGCUCUUCCGGGCCAGACCUGUCCUCCAUGUCUCCCAUGAGGUCUUCAUUGCCCCACGGGUCAUCGAUCUAGAGCAACCCAACUGUGCUGGUGGCCACUCUGUCUGUGUGGACCUAAGGAUUUGUUUCAGCUAUACUGCAGUCCCCAGCAGCUACAGCCCUAUUGUGGCUUUAGAUUACGUGCUAGAUGGGGACACAGACAGGAGGCUCAGGGGACAGGUUCCCCGUGUGACUUUCUUGAACCAUGGCCCAGAUGACCCCAAACACCAGGCCUCAGGGACUGUGUGGCUCAAGCAUCAGCAUGACCGAGUCUGUGGAGACUCCAUGUUCCAGCUGCAGGAGAAUGUCAAAGACAAGCUUCGGGCCAUUGUGGUGACCUUGUCCUAUAGUCUCCGGAACCCUCGGCUCCGGCGACAGGCUCCUGGCCAGGGGGUACCCCCGGUGGCCCCCAUCCUUAAUGCCCAUCAGCCCAGCACUCAGCGGGCAGAGAUCCACUUCCUAAAGCAAGGCUGUGGUGAAGACAAGAUCUGUCAGAGCAAUCUGCAGCUGGUACAUGCCCGCUUCUGUGCCCGGGUCAGCGACACAGAGUUCUCACCUAUGCCCAUGGAUGUGGAUGGGAUGACGACCCUGUUUGCACUGAGUGGGCAGCCAGUCAUUGGCUUGGAGCUGACUGUCACCAACCUGCCCUCGGACCCAGCCCGGCCCCAGGCUGAUGGGGACGAUGCCCACGAAGCCCAGCUCUUGGUCACCCUUCCUGACUCACUGCACUACUCAGGAGUCCGGGCGUUGGACUCUGGGGAGAAGCCACUGUGCCUGUCCAAUGAGAAUGCCUCCCAUGUUGAGUGUGAGCUGGGGAACCCUAUGAAGAGAGGUGCCCAGAUCACUUUCUACCUCAUCCUCAGCACCUCUGGAAUCACCAUUGAGACCACAGAGUUAGAGGUGGAGCUGCUGUUGACCACGAUCAGUGAGCAGGAGCUGCAUCCAGCCUUUGUUCGAGCCCGUGUCUUCAUUGAGCUGCCGCUGUCUGUGACAGGGGUGGCCAUACCUCAGCAGCUUUUCUUCUCUGGUGUGGUGAGGGGCGAGAGUGCCAUGCGGUCUGAGCGGGAUGUGGGCAGCAAGGUCAAGUAUGAGGUCACGGUGUCCAACCAAGGCCAAUCACUCAACACCUUGGGCUCUGCCUUCCUUAACAUCAUGUGGCCCCAUGAGAUCGCCAAUGGGAAGUGGCUGCUGUACCCCAUGCGGGUGGAGUUGGAGGGUGGGCAGGGCCCCGGGCAGAAGGGGCUCUGUUCUCCCAGGCCCAACACCCUCCAGCUGGAUGUGGACAACAGGGAUAGGAGGCGCCGAGAGCUGGAGCAGCCGGAGCAGCAGGAGUCUUAUGAGCAGCAGGAGCCCAGCACAUCCUGGUGGCCAGUGUCCUACGCUGAGAAGAAGAGGAACAUCACCCUGGACUGCGCCCAGGGUACAGCCAAAUGUGUGGUGUUCAGCUGCCCACUCUACAGCUUUGACCGCGCAGCUGUGCUGCACGUCUGGGGCCGUCUCUGGAACAGCACGUUUCUGGAGGAGUACUCAGCUGUGAAGUCCCUGGAAGUGAUUGUGCGAGCCAAUAUCACGGUGAAGUCCUCCAUCAAGAACUUGGUGCUGAGAGAUGCUUCCAUGGUGAUCCCAGUGAUGGUGUACUUGGACCCCAUGGCUGUGGUGGCGAAAGGGAUCCCAUGGUGGGUCAUCCUGCUGGCUGUGCUGGCCGGGCUACUGGUGCUGGCGCUGUUGGUGCUGCUGCUAUGGAAGAUGGGAUUCUUCAAGCGAGCGAAGCACCCGGAGGCCAGUGUGCCCCAAUACCACGCGGUGAAGAUCCCUCGGGAAGAUCGACAGCAGUUUAAGGAGGAGAAAACAGGCACCAUCUUGAGGAACAACUGGAGCAGCCCCCGGCGGGAGGCCCCAGAUGCACACCCCAUCCUGGCUGCUGAUGGGCACCCUGAGCUGGGCCCUGAUGGGCAUCCUGUGCCGAGCACGGCCUAGCUUCCUUCUCUAGCCUGGUCCAUAGUCCCCUCCACCUCUUCCUGAGAUGGUGUCUUAGGAUAGAGAGGGUUGAAUGAGUUUCUGGCAUCAUAUCAACACUAGGCAGGGUCUGCUUCUCAGGGGCACAGCCCUUUCCCAGUCGCGAGAAUCCCCAGACUUCCCCAUCAAAUGCUGUGAGAUUAGUGGGGUGAAUCAGGCAUGAGGAGGUGAGGUGAACAGGGAUGUCCUGGAGAGAAGGGAACCUGGCUCCUCCUCUCCUAUUCACCCUGUGUAACCUGUCUCCCUCAAAGUGCCUUAGCCAGAGGGCCAGGGAGGAGAUCGUGUCACUGACUCAGGGGCUUCUCCCUUCCUAGGUCCCCUCUCCUCUGACCUUAGUUUGCCACGUCAGUCUAGUGGGUUUUGUCUAUUUAUUAAAAAAUAUUUGAGGACAAAA